AUGGACGUCAUUCAUCGCAUGGUCCAAGAGACCCAAGAUUCCCUUUCCGACGAUGCGCUCCUCCCCCUUAAGUCCUACAAGUACUCCAGUGUCGACAAGUCUCCUAUUUCCAAUUAUAUUCUUCGACACUACUGGAAUGCUUUCGUUGAACUUCUCCCCAUGUGGAUGGCCCCCAACAUGGUGACCCUGCUCGGGUUCGUCUGGAUUGUGGUCAACGUCUUCUUGAUUGUGUUCUUCAUGCCUGAUCUAUUGGGACCGGCUCCUGCAUGGUUGUACUUCAGCUUCGCCCUCGGCAUGUGGAUGUACUCUACCUUAGAUAAUGUGGAUGGUAAACAGGCCCGGAGAACGGGAACUUCCAGCGGGCUGGGAGAAUUGUUUGAUCAUGGAAUUGACUCCUUGAACUGUACUCUUGCUAGUCUGUUGGAGACUGCUGCCAUGGGAUUCGGUGCUUCGCAGCUUGGUGCCUACACCGCACUUGUUCCCUGUCUGGCGAUGUACUUUUCAACCUGGGAAACCUUCCACACUCACACCCUAUACCUCGGCUAUUUCAAUGGCCCAACUGAGGGUCUCCUCAUUGCCAUCAGCAUUAUGAUUGCGUCUGGUAUUUGGGGACCGGGCAUCUGGGCCCAGCCGAUCACCGAUCUGAUCAACAUCCCCCAGAUCUUCGGUAACAACUCCGUGAAGGAUUUGUGGGUGCCGAUCCUGGUUGGUGGAUUCCUCCUGGGCCACCUCCCAGGCUGCGUUAUGAACGUGUAUGCCGCACGCAAGAAGCAGGGCUUGCCCUUCACCCCCCUCCUCAAGGAGUGGGUGCCUAUGAUUUUGUUCACUUUGUGCAACGUUGCAUGGCUCUUCUCCCCUUACUCCCACCUGCUUACCGACAACCACCUUGUUCUAUACUGCUGGGUUAUUUCUUUCGUCUUCGGCCGUAUGACCACCAUGAUCAUCCUGGCCCACCUGCUGCGUCAGCCCUUCCCCUUCUGGACUGUUCUGCAGGCUCCCCUGAUCGGCGGUGCCGUGUUGGCGAACUUGCCUCGUCUCGGACUCCCGAUGGUGAGCGCAUGGGUGGAGGUCUGGUACCUGCGCCUAUACUUGCUGUUUGCCUUUGUUAUUUACAUGCACUGGGCCGUCCUGGUCAUCAACCGCAUUACCACUUUCCUCGGAAUCAACUGCCUGACCAUCCGCAAGGACCGCUCCGCGGCUCGGGACAGAGUGUACCGUGACUUUGGUGAGGCCAGCCUCGGCGCUUCCAGCAAUACUGAAGGUGAUGCCUUCAAGAACCACUGA